AUGGAAGUGGAGGAUGCACUGCACAACUUGGAAAGUGAAAGCAUCGUGAGGCAACCUGGGCACGACUACGUCGUGCGGGGUCGAUUCGAGAUGAAAGUGCUUGACGAAGAGCUGCCUGAACUGAAGUUCGCUGACCAACAGGUGAGCUUUGUGAAGGUGGAUGUGGAAGGCUUCGAGUGCCACGUCUGGAAAGGAGCGAAAAAGCUCCUCAAGCAGAGGCCUCGACUUAUCCAAAGUGAGGUCUGGGGCACCAUGCAGGGCUGCACACCGACGGAAUACUUGAAGCUUUUCCGCGAUGCGGGCUAUCGUGCCAAGAAGGAUGUGCGAUGUCGGGCAGACGCUUCCUGGAGUGGUCCGAAGCGGGCCGCGGCCAUCGAGGACUAUUUCAUGUGCGUCAUCGAGAUGCCCGGAAAGAACGAAAGCUCCGGCGCGGGAGCGAAAAAGCGCACUAUCUGGCCCUCACAGGGGGGGUCGAAAAAGCCUUGA